AUGGAAGGACUCAUUCCAAUGGUAUACAAAUCAAUCAAGAAAACCACAACUCGACGACGGUACGAAUGUCUCUCUGCCGGUGCAACACAAACUCAAGAUUUCUGCACAAAUGAUGAUGAUGAUGAUCAAUACAGUUUCAGCAAAAACAAGUACUUCAUGACGGAGGGCGGUAGAGUUCCGGGAUCCGGUGGGGCGCAUCACCGUCGUUGGUACUCGGUCGAUGUCCGGAGUUUUGGCCCGGAGGAUGGUGCCUGUAAGCCUAAGCAACUUGUGAGGUUUAGGAGCCAAAGAUUGUUCUCAUGUGUCAGUGGUGCAUGA